GUCCGUUCCCGUUCCCAUUCUCUGCCUAUCGCCGGUCGUUCUUCAAACCUUUCUCACUUGGUUCAUUCUCGUCAUUCUUGUCUGUUACAUCCCAACAGCGAGCGCGGACAUCUAUCCAACCCAGCCCAACGCGGCGGCCGUAUACGACGUCAACCAACCUGCCCUUCUCAGUUGGCGCUCGACGCUCAAGGACGCGAAGGAAAUGGGAUGAUUCAAAGUUGAGCUCUUUGCUGGAAAUGAUGUAUGUGAUCUGUCUUGUCUGCGAUUUCGCCUUUACCGACGAACGAUGUCUGUAUUGUUGCUGCACUGAUCGACAUACAUAGCAACCCUUGCCACAGAUGUUCAUACUCAGUUACACACAUACACCGUUUACCUCUCUCCAUGUUUUAAAUAUGGAGGCAGCGAUUAUACUAUGCGUUGGAUAUCCGAAUCCGACCCAAAAAAAUAUCGUCUACACUGCCGAUUUCACGAUUGCAGGCAUAUCUGAUCUUCCCGUCUGUCUCCCGCUUUCCUACAAUGCCCCCUCUUCUGAUUCAUCCGCGGAAACCACCCCUGUCACCCAAUUCAUUCUUCAAGCCACAACUACACUAGCUGAGACUGGUAGCAGCCCUUCAUAUUCUUCGAGAAUUGCAGCGCGACCAGGUUCGACUGCAUACGCAGACCCCUUAGAUACGACCUCGGGUGACUCGCGUCCGUAUUCUGCUGCUCAUUCGCGUCGCUUCGGUGCUAGGCUCCUCUUUGUCCUCUGGCCGGCGAUAGUUGGAUUUUCGAUGGCCUUGUAACCUGACUCUCAGGCUGUCUUCCUCUCCAAUAGUGACGUGUAGCCUUUCAGUAUUACUAUUGUAUCAAUACAUGUACUACCCAGAUUUUCGUAUCUCUUGCUAGCGCGAUACCCGAAUG